AUGUCGAUAUUCAAAUGCUACAUCUGCCCCAAAAGACCCAGCUUUAACACCAAUCAGGCCCUUAAAUACCACAGCCAAGCCUCUAUCAACCACUCACCGUGGCCUUACUGCAAACCCUGCUCUCGACUUUUUAUCUACCAGAGCGCUCUAGACAGUCACCUAAACGCCUACCACAUACCCAGCAAACGCAACUGCUACACAAUCGACUAUCACGGGCAGGUCCGGUUCCUUACCACAAAAGCAAUCCCAGAUGCAACUCAGUUUCACUGUUGUAACUGCGACAGAGACUUUUCUUCUGAAUCGUCGCUGGACCAGCAUCUUCGUGAUAAAGUCCAUGCCGAGAGGCCGACGGCACUGCUUGGCUUCUUCUGUAGGCCGUGCAACCGCACCUUCAAGGAUGAGUAUGCGCUGAAGCAGCAUAUGAGUUCGUUAAAGCAUAAUCCGUUGAUCGAGGAGCUGAAAUGCAUUACGGAUAGUGAGUGCAAGAAGACAUUCAUGGCGCCGUCUGCAAUGCUGCAUCAUCUUGAGAGCGGGGCGUGUAUUUCUGGGAUCAAUAGACAGAAGCUCGAUCAUCUCAUCAAGGAGAAGGACACAGGGAGCAUCAUUACUUUUCAGGCCGGACUUGAGGGGCGGAUACACAGUGACGACGACGAUGACGAUAGCAGUGAUAGUGAGGGUGAUUGUGGAAGUGAGGUGACUUCAUCGAGUUCUAGUGUGAGCGGUACGCACGCCUCGAGCACGCAACGAGGUAGCAUGGCAGUUGUUCCCCACUUCCCUGGCGGCGUCCUUACCCCAGAUUCCGUUGAUGGCCUCAGUAUUGAUAUAGAGGUCCUUGCUUUUGUCGAAGGGGACCAGAAAUGCCCUAUGUGUCCUGCGGGCAGUACUCGAACAUUUAAAACCGCCCACGCGUUGUGGCAGCACAUGAACUCGGCAGCGCAUGCGCCGCUGAGUUACCAUUGCCCGCUAAGGCUUGCUGUGGGAGGUAAGGGGAUUAUGAAGUCGUUUACAACGUUAAGCGGGAUGACCCAGCAUUUGGAGAGUGGGGCUUGUAAGGGUGGGAAGAAAACUUUCGAGAAAGCGGUGGCCUUUGUAAACCAGAAGUUAAGGGAACUUAGGUUUAGGGAGAUGAAAUUGAUUUCUUGA